AUGGUCUCUGCCCUGGCCCCAUUCCAAUUUUCAGGCGUCCUCUUCCUCCAGAAAAAGGGAUUCCUGCUUGUGCGCACACCUGACCUCAAACCAGGCCCGAAAGGAAAAGAGGUGCGAGAGAGGGCGCUUAAGUGGCUACGUAAGAAGGCCGAAUACGAUUUGGGGAGUACGAAGGCGGGGCGCGCGCACUGGGGCGGCGGGAAGCAGACCACACACAUGGCCCCGGGGGAACCUAUCUAA